GUUCAAAACAACACUCUACGAAGUGUUUUGAUGGCAAUAAGAAAGAUUAUUAGUGUACGAAGCCUAAUAAAGUAUUUUUUCCCUGCAUGUUGAGCGCGUUGGGUGAUUUUUCAGGUAUCGUUAAUUAGCUUGGUUGGCUUUAUGCUUCUGAAACUAACGAAUCAUUUCCGUUGAAUGUUUCGAAGCUUGCUGAGGCAAUUGAUACACGAAAUGCCUUUCUAUGCCGUAGCGAAGGGGAGAACAACUGGCAUAUUUUUAACAUGGCCCGAAUGCCAACGUCAGGUUAGCGGAUUUACAGGUGCGAAAUUCAAAAAGUUCCCAACACGCGAACAAGCUGAAGCGUUUGUACGCGGAAAUGGUGGCACACUCCCCGCUUCCGCUUCAGACAGUGGAAGUGAAUCUCCAGCUGACUUGCACUCAUUCCAACCUGUGGAUUCUUUUCGAGUAUUGAUCGACAACAACGAUGAAAUCAACGCGGCAUGCUCGCGGAUAGAAGGGUUGAAGCGAGAACUGGACGAACUCAGAAGCUCGACGUCAUCGGCCACAGCAGCUGGCAGUGGUUCUAAACCUGCCAAGCGUCGGAAAUUGAAUAGCAUCACCAAACCAGUAACGAAGCUGCAGAAAUACGGCAAAUAUAGUUUCUUACAGGACGAUGACGGUUACGUACAUGUUUACACUGAUGGUUCAUGCGAGGGAAACGGAACCGCUGCCGCUUGUGCCGGACUGGGAGUGUACUUUGCCGAAGGUCAUGCCUUAAACACAUCGAAACCAGUGAGUGGCCGAGCGACCAACAAUUGCGGUGAAGUCCAGGCCGCUUCGCUGGCAAUUCGACUAGCGAAAGAGAACGGCAUCAAAAGACUGAUUAUCAAUACCGAUUCCAAAUUUCUAAUCGAUUCCGUUACCAAGUGGAUACCGGGUUGGAAAAGAAACCAAUGGAAAUUGUCAUCUGGUAAACCGGUAAAAAAUCAGAUCGAUUUUGAGGAACUCGAUCGGGAACUUGCCGGCAGCGCAAUCGAAGUCAAGUGGAAUCAUGUGGACGCGCACUGUGGUAUUCUGGGUAACGAACGGGCUGACGCGUUAGCCCGAGAGGGCUCGGCGAUUUUUCGCCGACAGAAUAAUCGUUGAUUAGUGCGGUAAGUCUGAUUGGGGUGUUGAUUUACUGUAUGUAAUAUUAAUAAUAAUACAAACGUUGUUACUA